GAGGAGAAGCUGCUGCUGCUGUGAGUUUCCUGCGUGUCUUCUUAACUUUACCUGCAGUCGGGAGUGUGGGCAUGCUGCUGGUCGUGCUCAGCUUCCUCGGCUCCUCCAUGCUGGCCUCCGUCUGCGGCGGGAAGCUGCCCGAAGCCGAGGUGGACGUGGAUGUUCUGCAAAGGCCCUUCAUCUGUCACCGAAGGUCCAAGUACGGAGACAUGCUGCUGGUGCACCAUGACGGAUACUUUGAGAACGGCACCAUGUUUUACUCCAGUCAAAGGCAAAAUGAGAAAGCAAUGUGGUUCACGUUGGGGAUCAGGGAAGUACUCAAAGGCUGGGAUCUAGGCCUGCAGGACAUGUGUGCAGGAGAAAAGAGGAAACUGGUAAUACCUCCAGCCCUGGCCUAUGGGAAGGAAGGGAAAGGUAAGAUCCCACCGGAGAGCACUCUGACCUUCUUGGUUGAACUGCUUGAAAUCAGAAAUGGCCCGAGGUCUCACGAGUCCUUUCAGGAGAUGGACCUCAAUGACGACUGGAGACUCUCCAAACAUGAGGUGACAGAAUAUCUCAGGAAGGAGUUUGAGCGCUACGGCUACCCGCCCAAUGACACGUUACAUGAGAACAUGGCGGCCGACAUCUUCGCCAAAGAGGACACAAACAAGGACGGCUUCCUAUCUGCAAGAGAGUUCACCUACAAGCAUGACGAACUGUAACGUCACUGCUGUGGCUCAUUGCUGAAACACAAGAGACUCAGGUUUUCUAAAGCAGCAUGCUUGUGUGAAACAGAACUGUGAAACUGGUUACGUCAUUCAUUUUAGGCAGACAGUUUUGCUUUUGAGCCCAAGUUUUCAAUCAGAGGUAAGACUUUUAAAAUCUGAGAAUAACAAAGAAGGUAAAUCAUUAAAUUAUUUAAGAUGUUUCUCUUUUUCACAUGGACCUGGCUUUCAAGUACAUUGUUUUAUGUACAUAGCUGUAUGUCCAGAAAAGUGACUUUCAUGCCUAUUAUGAAGGUAUGUAAACUUCUGACCAGAAGUGCAGGUCAAAUGACUCCACUCCAUCUUAAUUUAAAAACAACCUAUGGUGCUCACAUUUUUCCUGCUGUAGAAAUGCCUUGUCUUUUUUUGUUGUUGACAUCUUCCUAAAGCUAAUUUUAUGAAUCCAACUUUAUUAUCUUCAAAACAAAUUGAUCUUAAAAUCUGGAACAUGUGUUAUAUUUAUUGUAUUGAGCAUUAAAAUAGUUUUUUUAAA